AUGCCAAAAACAAACCUGAAGGAAAGGGGCAAACAACAACCUCACGAGGACACCACUCUGGAAGACCCUGGAGGCUCCAUUUCCUUGUCCGAUAUCAUGAACGAAAUCAAAAUAUUCCGGACGGAAACCACGGAAAACUUUGAAACCGCAAAGAAAGACAUUAAAGGAAUUAAAGAAGAAAUCGGUCAAUUAAAUCUACGAAUCGGUACAGCAGAGGAACGGAUCGCGGAAACUGAAAGCCGUGAUAUUGAAUUGACCAAAGUUCUCAUCCAAGUAUUACGCAAACAAAAACUACUCGAGGAAAAGUGCCAAGAUCUAGAGAGCCGAUCGCGCAGGAAGAACCUUCGGAUUUACUCAGUUCCUGAGAAAUCAGAAGGAAAUAAUAUGGUCGAAUUCAUUUACAAAUUCCUGAACGAAAGGCUGGGAAUCACUGGAGUUCGCAUUGAAAGAGCGCACAGAGCCGCCCCUUUGGUGACUGACGGAGGCGCCGACAGGCGGCCCGGAACACCGAAGCGACCUGGAUCAAUUGUGGUCCGCUUUCAGAGUUACGUGGAGAAGCAAAGGGUGCUCCAGGCCGCAUGGACCAAAAAGGACAUACGAAUCAAGGACAGCAGGAUCUUCUUCGACGAGGACUUCUCAGCGCAGGUGUAUAAGGAGCGUGCAAAAUAUAGGCAAGUACGGAAGCAAUUGUAUGAGCGCAACAUCAAGACACGCAUCCUGUAUCCUGCAAAGUUGAAGCUAUUUCUUUCUGAUGGGAAGUACACGGUGUUUAAGGACCCCCCGACUGCAGCAGAGGGGUUGCGUGAGUUUGGGAUAACAAUGGAAAGUUCCCCUAAAGAGCCGGAUUUGGAGGCUACCCUGCAGGCGGCAGGCUGGGAGAGCCCCCGCAGAGGCAGAGGAGGACGCGCAGAUGAGCUGACCUCAAGCCUAAAUACACUAAUUCGUUUGCCCACAACUCAAGUGGACACUGUCGUAACCUAA